AUGAAAUUAUUAAUUCUAUCAAUUUUAAUUCUUGCGACAAGCAAUCAAGUAAACGCAAAAAUCUACACAAAGUGUGAGCUUGCACGAAAGCUUGAUGGGACAUUUUCACGCAACAAACUGCCAGAUUGGAUGUGCCUGGUUAAACAUGAAAGUUCAUACAAUUCAAGGACGAAAGGAACUAGAAAUAAGAACGGAUCGUAUGACUAUGGAAUAUUUCAAAUAAAUGAUAAAUAUUGGUGUAAAGUUGGCAGCGCAGGUGGAGAUUGUAAUAUCGAUUGUGGCAAAUUCCUUAAUGACGAUAUAACAGACGAUAUCACAUGUGCAAAGAAGAUUUUCAAUCGGCAUGGCUUUGAAGCUUGGUACGGAUGGAAAAAUAACUGCAAAGGAAAAUCUUUGGAUGCUUAUUCUGUUAAUGAAUGCUUUUAG